UCGUGCGUCAUCAUCGAAUAAAAUUUUUGGAGCAAAGUAACAGUCCAUUGUCACGUCUACCGGAGUAUGAUUCAGGCGUCUCCAGGCGAUCUCGCAAUUUCUGGGCGUUCACGAACGAGAAGGACAGAGUCGACAGGACUUGACAGCUGUAGCCAGCCCCCUCGAACACCUUGACGUAGGAGUCUUGACCUUCGUUCGCUGCCUUCUCUCCCUUGCACAAUAUCACGUCCUUACAAAUUCCCUCCAUAAUUUAAUAAAAUAAUUUAACAGAGAAAAAAGCCCCAAAAAUGUGAGCAAAACGUGUUUCCAUCGUAGUGCUGUGUAAUUGUUAAUGAGACAUUAACAUUUGACAUGUCUCAUGACUCUACGCAUUCAGGUGCACUUGAGGCACCAUUUGGGGAACAUAACCUCAAUUUUCUUCGAUGUGUUCAUCAAUGUUCAUUGAUGUUGAUCGUUGUUGUCCCGAAAACAACACGCGAAAAUUAAAAAAAAUACAGUUGAAUUUUUACUGAUCAGUGGGAAGUGAUAAUUAAUUAAAUUGAGAGUCAAAGUGAAUUAUUGAUGAAUAAUUGGAAGAGAAACUGCAGUGAGUAAUGCGAUAGUUGGAGAAUAGUUGGAGUUGUUUGGCUUCGUCGUUGGUGAUGAGACGUGUCGAUGAUCUCGAGUGCUGACGAAUAACUUUUUUCAUGAUUGAGGGAAUCGCUUAAUGAAAAAGGGAAAAUGCCGACAGUGAUAGCUCUGGACGUUUCCCUGUCGAUGAGACGUCCUGUCCCCUCGACAGGACAUGAUGUGCCUCCCAGUGAAGUACUGACGAGGCAUCACCUCGCUGUGCAGGGCAUCAAUCAUCUCCUUCAUUAUUUGCAAGUCAAUUCUAAACUCGAGUUUGUGUCGUUGGUGGUAUUCUCAUCAAUGUACGAAAUGCUGUGUCCCUUUACCCGAGACUACGACAUGAUAAGGUCGAGACUGCAGUCGAUUGAAGAGCGCGACAAAACUUGUAUAGAAACUGCUCUCCAUGGGAUUAACACAGUAGUCAUGUCAGAGUGGGGAAACACGACUGCCUGCCAAGUUAUCCUGGUCACCGAUGGCAAUCCAGGCGUUGGACCAAUGUCCCUGGGACAUUCCCUGAACAACAUGCACCUCGAAAGAGAGUCCAAUCCAUUCCCCCUGCCCUUUCCCUACCCGGGAAAACUGAAUAUUGUCUGUAUUGCAGCUCCACAAGACUCUGGACUGAAGUAUGGAUUGCCCCUUUAUCAACGACUGGUGGAUUUAGCUGGUGGAGAGAGUGGAGUUCUCGUACCUGAUGGACAGCUUUCAAAGACAACAGUCAACAAUUGCUUCCAGAAAUUAGCAGAGGCCAACUACGUUUCUUUCCAAGGAUAUUUGAAGUGUGGAAAUUUGGGAUCCAGAAUUCUUCUAUCUCCUCCUCCAAUGUCAUACACAAAAAAGACAGAUUUUGAAUUGCUGUCCGGACUGACCCUCUCGAAAACCCUGGAAAUCUGUGGCUUCAUCUCAGUAGCAGACGUAGGCAGUCCAAGCUCAAUCUCCAGGCACCUGAUCCUCCCCCUGCCAACCGAAAAAACCCCGAGUAUGCAGGGCAUUUCCCCGGACGAGGACUCAGACGCUGAGGAUUAUGGGGACGAGGGGAGAUCUCCUUCAUUCUGCGUGCUCCUCCACGGAGCACUGAAAGUAGAGAACAUGGCAGCCUUAUGCUUGUUGAACAACAAUUGGUACGGCUUCAUCUACUCCUGGGCAGACACCAAGAAAAAAUCGAAUCUCAUGCUGACACUGCUGGAGCCAGGCUGCGACGUUGUGCCCUGGCUGGGGAAUUUCAACCACUUGGGGACCAUCGAUGCAGCUUCGAAGAGUGUGGAGGUCUUGAGUUUUCCGUUGAAGCCGGCUGAGAAGAGGAGCUACUCGCAGAAUGCUCCGUCGUGGAUCAGACAAGUUGGACUGCAGUCGGAUAUUCAGAAGAUCCUCAGACAUGCCAGAAAACUGCCGGAGAAGACCCAGAACUUCUAUAAGGAAUUGAAUAGAUUGAGACGUGCAGCCCUAUCCAUGGGUUUCGUCGAACUCCUGGAAGGGUUGGCAUCGAUAUUCGAGCGUGAAUGCACCCUCCUCCCCCCGAAUCUCCACCUAGACUGCACAAUCCAGAUGGGGCACGUUGCGGAGAUGUUGAGAAAGCCUUAUUCCAGAGAAUUAAAAAAUAAUAUCACACCAGUGAGAACCCAAUUUCACAAAGUUUAUACGUUGGACCGAAGAAGAGACUGGAAAUUUUUUCAAUAACGGUCGCUGCGAGCAUUCGAUCGACUGUCGACAUUCUGCCGGCGUUUAGAUUCGUUUCGAAGAAUUCUCAGUUCUAUUUCAUUACUCUGAAAAGUAA